AUGAUUCUUGGUCUUCCGACGGACGGUCUUCCAGUCACAAGGAUGACUAUCAGCAGUGUUGAAGCUUUAGAGGCAGAGUGUUUGUACCAAUUUGGGGCUGUACCGAGAAGGUCAGAAUGUAGAGGAAGCGGUAUAAAGCUAACGUGGCUACGGGAUCUAAAAGAACGGUUACAGUUGACUGACGAAGAAAAUAAACAGAGGCACGUGAAGUGCCACAUUAUACUGUUGCUCGGUACGAUAUUGUUGGGAGACAAGUCGGGGUCAUCUGUACACUGGAAAUUUCUGCCUUUACUUCGUGACUUUGGCAGUAUCGCACAGUUCAGUUGGGGAUCGGCUUGCCUCGCAUAUCUGUACAGGGCGUUAUGCAGGGCAUCUCGUUUUGAUUGUAAGAAGAUCGACAGUUCGCUAACACUGCUUCUUGUUUGGGCUUGGAUUCGGUUGCCAUUUCUAGCGCCGGUUCCUAGGGAACCUUGUAGUUUUCCGCUUGCAAACAGGUGGGGCAACUGGGAGCGUGGCGACCGACGCUUUAGGUAUAUGAAACUUGCUCACUUUAGGAAGGCAUUUGAUGAUCUUCAAGAAGGCCAGUUUGUGUGGGUUGCUUAUUCUGUGGAUCGAGUGGAUCCGGACAUAAUUCCUGCAGACAUCUACAUGCACUCAUUUGUGUGGAGUGCUACGGUUCCGUUGGUAUCUUUUGAAUGCAUUGAGUGGCAUGCAACCGAUCGGUGUAGGCGACAGUUUGGUUUUGUGCAGGGAGUUCGUCAUCAGGAACGAAAUCUAGACAAGGCACACGGAGAAGUCCUGACUGACCCUAAGAAUCUUAACUGGGCCACAGCCACAAGUCAUUCAUUUUGGGUGAUGCAGUGGACAAACAUGUAUAAUCACGUUCUGACUGAGGACGAUGGUCCACAGCAUCCGUUAGAUAUUUACAUGCACUGGUACCGAAAAAAAUAUGGCAACUGUUUGAACUUGUCCGAUCUUGUGGUUCAAGAGGAUGACGAGGGUGACCAGGGUAUGGAUGAUGUGGAUCAAGAGAAUGAAGAGGCUGAGGAGCAGGAGCCAAACUCACUUGCCGAUCCAGUCUUUGAUUUGCACAACAUGCAAACACAUGCCGACACGGAAUCCGGUCCACCUGGAACUCACCACAGUCACAUCGGUGCCGACGAAGGUCAACGGCAUACUCCAACCCACUUGGCAUCUCACGCACUUCAAAGACCUCAUUUUGCCUGUCGAAUCAAUUAA